AUAAACAGGGAUAGCGUUUUUGUUUGUGGAUGGUUUGUGGUCUGUGUUUAUGGUUUUGUUUGUGUUUUUUGCUAAAAAGAAGGUUGUUUGAGAACGAAAAACAAUUUAGAGAAUCUUUAAAUAUCCAGUUAUAUUUGCAAACUAUUGAUAGAAAAAUAUUUCAUUGAAAACUCUACGUAUUUUUAACGUUGUAUAAGGCAAUUCAGUGUGUAAUGAAAGCUACACAAUAGAAUGGAUUCGCGUGUGCCAAAUGAUACAGGUGAAAAAAGUAACAGUGAUAAUGGCAGUGAAUCCCCUUCAAAGGAUAAACUCUUUGAUCCAUCAAUAGACAUGCUCGUUAAUGAUUUUGAUGAUGAAAGGACUCUUGAAGAAGAAGAAGCUCUCGCCGCUGGAGAAUCCAGUGAUCCAUCAGCUGAACUUUCAAGCCUCCAGAAGGAGGGUAAUAUGCCAUUAGAGGAACUUUUAGCCCUUUAUGGUUAUUCCAAUGCUAAGGAAAAAGAAAGUUCAUCUGAAUCAGAGUUAGAAGAAGAAGAAACUGCUCAAGAAGUGGCACAAAUUUGUGAACCACUAGUGGAAAAGGAAAGGUCACCCACACCGCCAAAACACUCCAAGUUAAGUUUAUUGUAUGAGCCAAUGGCUGAUGAAACAGAAGAUUCGUCUCGGUUACUUAGGUCUGUAUCAAGAAUAAGUGAUGAUGAUGAAGAAGAUUAUGAGUCAGGUCCAGAUGAUGAAGAGGCCCAAAAAAUUCGAAAAACUAUUAUGGUUGGUGGUGACUACCAAGCACAAAUACCCGAAGGUCUUCACUAUUAUGAUAAUGCUCCACCGUAUGAGAAUGAAGAUAAGUUACUAUGGAACCCCCGAAAGAUUUUUAACAAGAAUGUAGAAGAAUAUUUAAGAAAAGCACAUGAAAUUAGUAAACCACCUAUACCAAAAGGAACACUAUUAAGAGAUGAUGAACAAGCUUUAUAUUUGUUACAGCAAUGUGGACAUAAUACAGAAGAGGCUUUGAGAAGGCUACGGAUGAACGCACCACCAAGUUCAGCAGUAACUGAGUCAAAGGAUACUUUAUGGUCUGAGGAGGAGUGUCGAAAUUUUGAAUCUGGAAUUCGCUCAUUUGGAAAGAAUUUCCAUCAAAUUCAGCAGAACAUGGUUAGGACUAGAUCUGUAGGAGAACUAGUUCAGUUCUACUAUUUGUGGAAGAAAACGGAACGCCACGACAUCUUCGCCAACAAGGUUCGUUUAGAGAAGAAAAAAUACGCUCUUCAUCCUGGUUUGACGGACUUUAUGGACAGGUUUCUCGAAGACCACGAUAAAGACCGUAGCAAUUCUCUAAACAUUAUCCCAGGAAGUGCCAACGUGAAUGGGAAACCUCCGGACACUUGAUCUUUGCUCUAUAGCUACUGGCUCUAUAAAAAUAAGCAGGAUCAGGAGUAAGUUCAUUUUUUACCUGAUGUUCAGUCAUUAUGGCUUUUAUACAUACCAAAAAUCUAAUGUUGAUUCAUUCUGCUUCACUUUCUGUUUUCCAUAUUAAUAAUUAUAAUUUUUAAUACAGCUAUUAUUAAACUAUUGACUUAUAAAACAUGCUGAUUCCUUUUGUUUCAUCAUGAGUUAUAUAUUAUUUUAUUUAAAAAUAAAAAGACGUCGCAGUAUUUAGAAUAAAAUGAUUUGCUAUAUACAGAAGUAUAUAAGCCUUUCUCUCUUAUUUCAUACAAAUCUAUAUCAUAUAAACUAACAUAAAUAUCAUCAUGCCCUGGGGUUUAUAAUAUAACUAUGUUGACAAUUCAUCAUGGGAGAGGACACUGAUAUAUUGACAACAUAGAGGAAGGCUAAACUUGUAGAUAUACCUAUGUUAAUUUAUAGGAUCUAGAGAAAUAAAUGUUAUUUUUUUGAUAAAUGAAUAAAUAUUUUUAUAGUAUCUAUUUAGAUUUUUGGUUUGGCGCCUUUGAUACUGCAACAUGAUAUAUAUAUGUACAAAAGUAUUUAAUGUUUACUUUAUAGAAUAUGUAUUUGUUAAAAACAUUUUAAAUAAUUUUUAUAUCUGAAUUAGAGCUAGAAGAGACGAAGCAGUUUGCGACAGCCUACUCAGCGCAAACCGUCUCAAAACUGCCUUGUAUGAUUUAGCUCUAAUGUUUUUAAAUCAUGUAAUUAUAGGAGAGCCUCAAAACUUACUAAUUUGAUUUUAAGUUUUGAAAUUAAAAUUUUUUAGCUUUUACUAUAUCAAAAAGACAUUACAAAAGAAGCAUGGUUAAAACUGUAGAAAGUAGUUUUUAACUGUAUUAGUUAUUUAUGUAGGUAAAUAUCUAUAUGUUUAUAUUUGUAUUCCCAAUAAAAGUAAAGUAUUUUGUCUAUAUAAACUUUUUUUUUGCUGUCGUCGUUAUCAUGAUUUUUCCUUAAAACUAAAUAAUAAAUAAUUAUUUCUUUAAAAUUUCCGUGGUGACGUUACUCCUCUAGAGCAGAAUUAUAUAAAUACUACCUCCCUGCUGCGUUGACUUCUCCACGGGUCAUUUAAUAAGAAAAGUAAAUUGUGUCUGUAAUUGUAACCAGACUUAACCAUGCCUCUUAAUGUAUAUUCUUUUGGUUUUAUAACUACAUGUAAAUUGUAUAAAAAGAUAUAUUAAAUUUUAUGUCUGUUAGUCAUAAGUUUUUUUGUAAUUAUAUAGGCUUCUAUGUAACAUUAUAUGAUGUAUAACAUGAUUUGAUGACAUUUUCGACAAUUCAAAAUCAGUGUUAAUCAAAAAAUUUAAUAGAAUGAGUUAUUUUUAACGACCAAAUCUGUUUACUGUAUCUAUAUGUAGAAGUUGAAGUUCAGUUAAUGGUUUAACUGUUUUUUCGACGAUUAAUCAUUGUAUUAAUAAACAAGAGUUAUAAUCA